AUGACGGUCAUGGCAACCAAGUUCACCCCGGAGGUGCUCCUGUCGGCCCCUCGCCGUAGUGCCGGUGUUCCCAACUGCACCGGCAAGCUCGCCCUCUACAUAGUGUCGCAAUACUCGUUCGAAUCGCAUUCCAAAACCUAUUCGAUCAAGAUCCUCGACAUCGCGAGCGGCAGCUCGACCCUCCUCUACGACAACGCUGCCUUUACCGAGCCGACCUGGAUCUCCGAGAACGAGUUCAUCUUCGUGAACAACAAGGGCGAUGGCGACUCUGCUAGUUCUCUCAUGGUGGCCGAUGCGUCGAAGCCGGGCUCAGAUCCUUACCUCGUCCAAGGCAUCAAGAGCACGAUAUCGAAUCUGAAAGCAAAGUACAUCGGCAAUGGCACCGUCGCCUUCGCCUGCACCGCACCCACUACCGCCUCGGGCAAGAUGUACGACGCGACGGACGAGAAGAAGCCGCUCUCGAGCGCAAGGGUAUACUCGAGCCUCUUCGUCCGCCAUUGGGAUACGUACGUCGCGGAGCAGAAGAGCGCCGUGUUCUACGGCGCCCUGAAGAAGGGCGGCUCGGGGAAAUUCACUUUUCAAGGGUCGGGUCUCGUGAAUGCUAUGGCGGGCACCAAGCUCGAGUGUCCUGUCCCGUCGUUCGGAGGUGCGGGCGACUUUGAUAUCAGUAAGACGGGACUGGUGUUUCUGUCCAAGGACCCGGAGCUGAACCCGGCGCUUUGGACGAAAACGGACCUGUACUACGUUCCACUGGAGAUCUUCACCGAGGAGGAGCCGCCUGUUCCACAGAUCGUCAAGACGGGCAAGCUCCAGGGGUACACGGGGAUUCCAGACCUGAGCAACGUGCAGGAGUUCUACCAGACGGACGACGGCGAGGGGGCCUGGGACAUGCGGCCGGAGGACAUGCGGCCGGAGGACAUCAUCUGGAGCAAUGACGAUUCGGAACUCUACGUCACGGCCGAGAAAGCCGGACGGGCACUGCUGUUCAAGCUGCCCUCGAGCCCCUUACAAGCCAAGGAGCUACCGCAACAAGUGACGGAAAGCGGCACGGCCGGGGAGUUCUUCAACCUAUCAAGUAACGACGACCGGCUCUUCGUCACGUCCAGCUCGCUGAUCGACAGCUCAAACUACUCAAUUGUCGAGCCGUCCUCGAAAAAGACGACGCUGGUCUCCUCGAGCUCGAAGGAGGGCAAGUCCUUCGGCCUGUCCAAGAAGCAGUUCGACGAGUUCUGGUUCAAGGGCGCCGGCGACUACCAAUGCCACGCCCUCGUCAUGAAGCCGUCCGACUUCGACCCCAACAAAAACUACCCGCUGGCCUUCCUGAUCCACGGCGGACCGCAGGGCGCCUGGGGCGACUCCUGGAGCACGCGGUGGAACCCCGCGAUCUUCGCCGAGCAGGGCUACGUCGUCGUGCUGCCGAACCCCACCGGCAGCACGGGGUACGGCCAGGACCUUACCGAUGCCAUAGCGCUUGAGUGGGGUGGUCGGCCUUACAACGACCUGGUGAACUGCUUCGAGCAUAUUGCUGACAAACUGCCUUAUGUUGAAACUGGUAAUGCUGUUGCCCUGGGGGCUUCGUAUGGCGGCUACAUGAUCAACUGGAUCCAAGGCCACCACCUAGGCCGCCAGUUCAAGGCCCUCGUCUGCCACGACGGCAUCUUCAGCACCAUGAGCGACUGGUCGACCGAGGAGCUCUUCUUCCCCAUCCGCGAGAUGGGCGGCACGCCGUGGGAGCACCGCGAGCGCUACGAGAAGUGGGACCCCGCCGCCUUCGCCGCCGCCUGGGACACGCCCCAGCUCGUCGUCCACAGCGAGCUCGACUACCGCCUGCCCAUCGCUGAGGGCCUGGCCGCCUUCAACGCCCUCCAGACCCGCGGCGUGUCCUCCCGGUUCCUGAUGUUCCCCGAUGAGAAUCAUUGGGUGCUAAAGCCCGAGAACUCGCUUGUCUGGCACAAAGAAGUUCUAGGCUGGAUCAACAAGUGGGCAGGUCUUGACACGACAGGUCUGUCAGAAGACACGGAAAAUAUCAGUUUGAGAUGA